AUGACUUGGCCAGAGAUCGAACCGUCAACAAGCCAUUUGACUUAUCUACUGCUGUCCUUCUUCCUCAUUCUCUAUGCACUGUUUUCGGAGCUCAUUCGCAACCGAGCACAUCUGUCGGAGCCACCAUUGGCAACACUAGCCGGCGUCGCUUUUGGUCCGCAAGCCGCGACUGUUCUCGACCCUUUUGAAUGGGGGUGGGCCGACAACAUCACGCAGGAGUUGACGCGAGUCGUCAUCGGUGUCCAAGUCUUCACCGCCGGCAUUGAACUGCCACCCAAGUACAUCAAGAACCAUUGGCGAGGAGUAGGCUUGCUGUUGGGUCCCAACAUGGUGUUCGGUUGGCUUGUCUGCACUGCUAUCAUCUACUUUGUACUAGGUGUCUCGUUUAAGACCGCUCUCAUUGUGGCCGCCUGUCUAACACCAACGGAUCCUGUUCUGUCGGCAAGUGUUCUUGGAGAGGCUAGGUUCUCUCAGCGAAUCCCAAAGAGAGUCCGACAUAUUCUGUCAGCAGAGUCGGGGUGCAAUGACGGAUCGGCUUUCCCACUCAUCUACGCCGGCUUGUACGCCGCAUUGAGUAAAUCAGCGGGCGAAGGCGUCAAAGAAUGGUUCCUCAACGUCAUCAUUUGGCAGUGCGGCGUUGGCAUUGCCAUUGGAGUUCUACUUGGCUACACUGCCAAUCGAGCCCUCAGAUUCGCCGAAACCAGGAACAUGACUCAGGAAUCAGCCCUCUUUGUCUUCUACUUCCUACUGGCUUUCUUCAAUGUCGGAGUGGGCUCGACGCUCGGCCUGGAUGAUUUCCUGGUCUGCUUCUCGGCCGGUCAGGCCUUCUGCUGGGAUGGGUGGUUCGCAGAAAAGACGCAUAAGAUGAAACUCCCAAGCAUCAUUGAUCUCCUCCUCAACUCUACCAUGUUUGUUUACUUUGGAAGUAUUAUUCCCUGGCAAAAGUUCCACGGCAAUCUAUCAGCUGGUCGUCUCACACUGGUGGCAGUUAUGGUACUUUUGUUCCGCCGCCUUCCGGCAAUACUGGCCCUGAAGAGGUUCAUUCCCGAGAUCAGGACUUGGCACGAGGCACUCUUUGCUGGGCAUUUCGGUCCGAUGGGUGUGGCCGCGAUAUUCCUAGCUAUGGAGGCCAGAGCACGUCUCGAAACUGGAACUUCGAUUGUGCUGCCCCAUCCUCCCAAAGAUCUCGAUCAUCACGAAGAGACGAUUCAGGAGGUCUGGCCCAUUAUAUCGUAUGUAGUACUCUGGUCAGUCAUGAUCCAUGGCUUCAGUGCGGUUGUGAUGGCCGCUAUUGGUCAUUUUUCGCGCCACGAGAAGGAGCGCCAUCCUCUACUCGGAUCGGAAACAGGCAGGCUGUAUGGAAUGGCUAACGAAGACGGAGACCUUACAGAUGGUGAUGGUGACGGAGACGACGAUGGGAACGGAGAAUUAUAG